AUGUAUUCCGGAGUAGGCACACCUGCCAGUGGAACUAGUGCAUCUCGUCUUCGGUGCUCACAAUGGGGCGGCGGGGCACCUUCGGGCGAUCUGCAUGAUGAUACGGCAGGCAAGCUGGACCGUAGUGUGUGUGAACCUGUCUCUAUUCCCAGCUGGCCGCCAUCUCAGGGUCGCUGCAUGGACCCUGUUAUUGAGCCUUUUGUGAACGAGACCGUAACAGACACUGUUACAGCGACCGCCACCAAGUCUUUGAAGGAUGGCCAGGUAUUUCAUCGUUUUCCAGGUUCAGACGGCGCCUGGGACGCGAAAAAUUCUCCGGCUGGCUGCGUCAAGGCUGCGCAUGAAUCUUGCUCAUAUGACGCUUUCCCUGAUCGCGUGCACAGAAGAUAUUUCCCGUGUGAGCGUCGCGCCUCUAUCUGCAUUGGUCCUAUCCACUCCGGUGCAUUGCUUCCUGUGAGGUUCGAGCAGUAUUGCAAUGGGUCAAAGAAGUCACGAUGGGGAACAAAAUCUGACAAGGCGACAGCCCUGGUCAUAUGCUUGACUCGGGUGAAUGGCGGUCAACCUCAAAGACGAUAUCUGCAAGACAGUAGAAUUGCUGGUGGUGAUGCCAUUUCGGACCUGUUGCAUCAAGUUGGUUUGAAGUUUGCGACUCAAGUUGCCGUUUGUCUCGAGCACCGUCAACUUCAGUCGUCGCAGAAACCACCUCCACGCCUUUUGGUCAUCGGAGAGAGAGACAGUGGCCAACAUUUGGUGCGUUUGAGCAGUCCGAAUGUUGGUGGAGUGUAG